AUGUAUAAACACAAGCCGUGCACGCACACACUCGCGGAGCAAGCUCAGCGCGGGCGAAAGUAUGCAACGUUGAAUCUGCGAAACGAAACUGGCGGUAUAAAACUGGCGGGCGACGUGGGACACGACACACUCCAAGAGAAGGCAGAGAAGGAUGCUAAGGCUGAACCAAAACCUGUUGAGGAAACCAAGAAGCAGGACAAGAGGGGUCUUUCGGACUUUGGAUAUGGCGGUGGCGACCAUGGCGGUUUCGGUGGUGAUUUCGGAGGAUUUGCUGGCGGCCAUGACUUCGGCGGCGAGGAGCACAGCUUCGGUAGUGAACACAGCUUUGGCGGUGGACAAAGCUUCGGUGGAGAACACAGCUUUGGAGGUGACGGUGGUGGUUUUGGAGGAGACCACGGUCAUGAAGUACAUCAUGAGAAAACAAUCACGAUCGUCAAGAAAGUGGCAGUGCCGUACCCCGUAGAGAAGCACGUCCCCGUGCCAGUGGAAAAACGUGUACCAGUGCCCGUCAAAGUACCGGUCCCCCAUCCUUACCCGGUUGUGAAGACUGUCCACUUUCCCGUAAAGGAGUACAUCAAGGUGCCCGAAUACAUCAAGAAGCCGUACCCGGUCACGAAACAUGUGCCUGUGCCCGUUGAAGUGCACGUCGACAGGCCCGUGCCCGUCAAGGUCUACGAAAACGUCCCCUACCCGGUGGAGAAGCACGUCCCCGUACCAGUCAAAGUACACGUGCCACAGCCGUACCCAGUAGAGAAGACGGUCCAUGUGCCCGUAAAGGUCCCUGUCAAGGUGCCAGUGCCGUACCCAGUUGAAAAAGUCAUCCACUACCCAGUGAAGGUGCACGUCGAUCGCCCCGUGCCUGUACAUGUCGAUAAACCCGUGCCAGUGCAUGUCGAAAAGCCUGUUCCCUACCCAGUCGAGAAGGAAGUGCCGUACCCAGUAAAGGUGCACGUUGACAACCCUAUCCCGGUUCAUGUUGAUAAACCAGUGCCCUACGAAGUCAAAGUUCCAGUGCCAGCUCCUUACCCCGUGGAGAAGCUUGUGCCGUACCCAGUGGAGAAGAAUGUUCCGAUUCCCGUGCACAUUCCUGUUGACAGGCCCGUACCUGUUCACAUUGAGAAGCAUGUGCCAUACCCAGUCGAAAAGCACGUGCCUUAUCCAGUAAAGGUACCGGUGCCAAUUAUUCAUCACGAGGAAAAGCACGAAUUCUCCCACGGAGGCCACGAAAGCUUUUCACAAGGGAGUUCGGAAGGUUUCGAAGGCCAUUUCGAAGGCUCCGAAGGUGGGCAUGAGUUCCAUCAC